UGAUAAUUUGAGUUCGUGGAUUUGAGAUCGGCUUGUGAUUCCUAAUUUCACCUACCUGCAACAAUGUCUAGACUUAGAUCAGUUGGUCGUGAAGUUCGGUAGUCACAAAAGGCCAAAAACUAGUUCUUGUUCUGGAGAUAGGAAGGUGUGACACACAUUGACAGAAGACAGAAGACAGGUCUGUGUUUUUGGCACCUUGCAUACACUCAAUGGACCUCCCCACCCACAAAUUAUUCCAAUCUCCAUCUAAAUUGCCACCACCACCUGGGAAGCCACUCCCUGAGAGCAAAAUGAGCUUGUAUGGGAAAACCCAAGCCAACCCUUUUGCAGAUGACUUCCCUGACCCACUUUGCAAGCUCAACCUGAAGGAAACCUCAGACUUUGUGAAGUCACUGCCAAUGCCAAAUGCUGAAAACAGAGCACACUCUGUUUCACAACAGAGUAGACUCCUAGAGUCUCCCUCCACUCCUGGGAGACCCCACUUCACCUUCAGCUCUGGCCUUCCAAGAAAGAGCUUCCCUUCAAAAUGGGAUGAUGCUGAGAAAUGGCUCAUGAGCACCUCUUGCCAUGACUCACCUGCUCACAACAACGUCAACAAGGUUUCUGAGCCCCCAAGGUUCAAUAUCAGGCAACCAUGUUUUGAUGGCUUCAAGCAGCAACCAAUGCAUGAUUUCUCGGACAAAUCCAGGGUCACACAUGAAAGGGUGUCCAAUGCUGUCCCUGGGGACAUCCACUGGCCUUCAUCCUUGGACCACCACCAUAACACCCUUGGAGCUUUCCAUGGUGCUUCAGACAUUGUACUAAAAGAUAAGUUCACAGACAACAUAGUGCCAAUUUUGCCAACUUUAAGGUAUUUAGAGCCGGCUAAAGAAGGGUUCUUGUUUAGGAACCAACAAGGUGGUGGUGUGACAAUGCAAAAUGCUUGCUCAGAAAUGGUUCAUCAUAGAGAUAUUGGCACUGAGAUGACUCCUCUGGGAAGUUCCACAACUUCAAGGUGCCCCACCCCAGUCAAGAUUCCAUCACCUCCUCGCCACAACACUCCAGCAAGUAAGUCAGGACCAUUGGCCUUGUCCAGCACUGCCAGCAAUACUCUUGAUGUUAUUCAGCUGGAGGAGUGCCAUUUUUCCAAACUGCAACUAGGAUCACAGUAUGACUUAGUCGUGCCUUGGAGCUCAAGUGAAGAGGAAGAAAUGGAAAUAUCGAAAAGCUUGAGGCAUAAUGCUAGCCACAUUGCUGAUUCAGACUACAUAGCUGCUGCAUGGGAAGAAGAGGAGAGGACCAAGUGUUGUCUUAGGUAUCAGAGGGAAGAAGCAAAAAUCCAAGCUUGGGUAAACCUCCAGAGUGCUAAAGCAGAAGCCCGGUCAAGAAAGCUUGAGGUGAAGAUACAGAAGAUGAGAUCAAACCUCGAAGAGAAGUUGAUGAAGAAGAUGUCAGUGGUUCACAGGAAAGCUGAGGAGUUGAGGGCAGAAGCUAGACAACAACACUCGGAGCAAAUCCAGAAGGCCACUGAACAAGCUCAAAAGAUGAUUCAUAAGCAUAACUCACAAUUUUCAAGGCCUAGUUCAUGUGGAUGCUUCCCUUGCAAUAAUAACCAUCAUUAACUAUGAUGUUGAUAGGAUUUUCUAAGGAGACCUAUUAAGAAAUUCAGGAUAAAAAAUACUUCCUUCGCCCUUCUCUAUAAGAACUAAAUUAGAGGUUUACCUUAAUUUAUUUUAUAAAAACCAAUAUAAAAUGCCUGUUACAUUAUUUUUUCUAUAUAAAAAUAC